AUGGCGAAAGUUUGCUUGCUCUUUCUUUCUAUGGUUUUGCUCUUCAGUUUAAGCUUUGCUCAACAGCCGCGAAAGGACAAGUGCCAAAUCCAAAAAAUCAAUGCCCUUCAGCCCAAAUACAAAAUUCAAGCAGAAGGUGGAUUCACCGAGUCCUAUGAUUACAAUGACGAUCAGUUCCAGUGCGCCGGUGCUGCCUUUUUACGUCAUACAGUUUACCGCAGAAGCCUUCUCUUGCCUUCAUACACCAGUUCCCCACUCCUUGCCUACGCUGUUAAAGGUAAUGGAAUUUUCGGGAUUAUGAUCUCGGGUUGUCCUGAAACUUUCGAGUCUUCACAGGAAUCUCAACAAGAGUCUCAGGGCCAGAGGUUCCGAGACCGACAUCAGAAAAUAGGAAACUUCCGGCAGGGUGACGUCAUUGCCUUCCCGGCCGGAGCCGCCCACUGGAUUUACAAUAAUGGAAAUGAAGAUCUUGUUCUUGUCGUUCUUCAACAUACCUCUAACGCUGCCAACCAACUCGAUGAAAUUCCCCGAAGAUUUUUCUUGGCUGGAAACCCACAAAGUGGACAAGAGCAAGGGCAGCAACAAUGGCAGCCUGAGCAGCAAUACAGCCGAUUUGGCAACGUUUUCAAGGGAUUCCCCUCUCACGUUCUGGCGGAGGCCUUCAAUGUCGACCAGGAGACCGCAAAGAAGCUCCAGGGUGAAAAUGAUCAGAGAGGCCACAUGGUGAACAUUGAACAAGGGCUUCAAGUCAUUAGCCCCCCUUUCACAGGAGAGGAACAGCAAUAUAGAGAGCAGAACCGACGUGCUAACGGCCUGGAGGAGACAAUUUGCACCGCCAGGGUCAGACAAAACAUCGACAACCCGGUUAGGGCUGACAUUUAUAACCCCCGUGCCGGCCGAUUCACCACCGCCAACAGCCUAACUCUCCCUAUGCUCAGCUUCUUACAGCUUAGUGCUGCAAAAGGUGUCCUACAAGGGAAAGCGAUCAUGUCACCACACUGGUACAUGAACUGCCACACUGUAGUCUACGUGACAAGGGGCAACGGCCGGAUGCAGAUAGUGGAUAACAGAGGACAAGCCGUGUUCGACGACACAAUCCAGGAGGGCCAAGUCGUGGUGGUGCCACACAAUUUCGCGGUGGUGAAGCAGGCCGGAGAUGAAGGUUUCGAGUGGGUAGAAUUCAAUACCAAUGAGAAUGCCAUGAUCAACACUCUCAGCGGCCGCACCUCAUCUUUCCGAGGCUUGCCUGUGGAUGUGAUUGCGAAUGCAUACCAAGUUUCGAGACAGGUGGCGGAGCAGCUCAAGUUUAACAGGAAGGAGACACUAAUUUUCAGCGGCGGCAAAUCUUCAAGGCAACCAAGAGUGUCUUCUGCGUAA